AUGGCGAAUCGUGUUAUCGAUCCUGAAUCAGGGAAGCGGGACUUUCAAUUUUCUUGUAAUGCGAAUAAUGAUUUUAACCGAUCAGAAUUUAGUUUUAGACUUGACUUUACUGGAAUGAUGCCAAAAAGAAAGAGAAGGACCAUUCAUGGAGAUGAAAUACGUAAUGUCGGAAAUGACAGUAAUGAUAAUAAGGUAAAAAAAAAAAAGGCUGCGGCUAUCGAUAUUCAGUUUCAGACACAGAAAAGAAAGUGAGGUUGGGUUUAUUAAAAAAAUAUUUAAAAUAUUAUUUUUGGGUUUGUAAGACAAAAUUUGGUAUCAAAUGAAAGAUAAUUGAAUGGGCUAUAUGUCUGUAAACUUACUUCUUCAGUUUAACUAAAAUAAACGACCACAAAUGAUAUCCGAAUACUAAAAAAGGGACCCAGGUCCAAUUCAAAAACACCUUCCUGAGUACUUGUUGACCCACAGAACCGAUAAGUGGCCUUAUCCAUAAUAGUGACUUCACAAGCUAUUUGACAAUUUUGUUUUUGAAGACAAUUCACAAAUAAUCAUGCCUUUCUUACAAUCUUAGUCUUAAUGUAAAUGUAAACUAAGGUUGCAUCUGCCCAAAGGCAUAUAUCAUAUAGAAAAUGGAGCAUACCCGACAUGUCAUUUUCUUUUGUCAAUCUGUUGGUCCACACAGAUCAACAUUAAGACUGAGCUGGCUGCAGUUGAAAGUUUUUUUUACACCCUGUUUGAGGUAUUUUGAGACAAUACCUGGCGUGUCAUAGUCCGGGUGUUGAAGAAAAGAGAUAUCUGCUCAUUUUCUAUAAUUUAUGUAUUCCACACACUGGUGACAAGUGAAAAGUGCAUUUAUAGAACUAAUAGGGACCAGGAAGAUAUCAAAGUUGAUAACUUCAAAACACUGAUAGUUUAAUAAUAUAAUCCAAACAGUAGCCAUCCUAACUUAGCAGUUCUCGACCCCUUCGAUUUAAUAAAUUAAUUUUUGUUAAUGAUUUAUUUUCCCUUUAGGCUGAUAGAAAGAAAUGGGGACCCUGAAAAGAAUAAACCUAAAUAUGAAAAGGAAAAGCAUAGGAAACUAUUGGGAAACAAAGACAUCAGUUUGGUAUUAUUUCUUGAAAGCUAUGGACAAUCUCUCAGCUAAAUGUAACAAGAUACUUUAAACAUUGGGAGGCACAACUUCAGGCUUUCACACUCAUUUAAAUUCUGCACAUUCCACUGCCUUGAAAGAUAUCGCCAUUUCUAGUACUGGUACUCCAAGAGCAUUGAUUUCUAUGUCAUCUUGUUCUAAAACUUUCGCCAAUGCAGAAGUUCAAACAGCGUAGAAGAAACAGUUUCUCAUAUGGCAGCUUUCAAUCCGUUUUUUCAUUACUUCUAAUGAUCAAAGGCGAAAUCAUGAAGCAAUAUGGCUACAAUUUGCCUACAUCUUCUAAUUCAAUUAAAAACAUAGUGAUAAAUUGCAGUGAGACUUUUAAAACCUCUUUGAUUAAUAAAAUGCGUAAGCUGAAAGAAGAGAAAGUUAAACUAUCUCUGACACUGGAUGAAUGGAUGAGUUUGGGACAUCGUCACUUUAUGAAUGUAAACAUUCAUAGCCCUAUGUUAAUCAAUGAAUUUGUAAAUCUUGGCCAAAUAAGAGUGACUGGCAGCAUGUCGGCCAGAACGUGUUUACAAUUGUUGGAAAACAGGCUAUCCGCUUUUGAAUUGUCAUUGAAAGAUGAUAUAAUCUGCAUAACUACUGAUGGUGCUAGUGUGAUGAAGGUAUUAGGACUUGAAGCAGCGCUUUACCAUCAACAGCUUUGGUCAUGGUGUACAGCUGGCAAUCUUAGACGUCCUUUAUAAAAUAAUAUAUUUUUAAAAAAACCUUUAACCUCAACAACAUCAACCCGUAGAAGACGAUUUUGAUGGUCCUGACUGUGGUGAUGAUAAUGGCCCAUUUGAUAUAAAUUAAAAUAAUGAAUUUAUUUUCGAAGAUUUAAUCGCGAAAGUGCAAGAAAUUGCAACAAGUCGCCUAGCAAAAUACGAUUCUCCAGAAAUAUGGAAGAAAUUGGUCGUUGCUUAAUUUAAUUUUAGAUUGCAGCACACCGUGAAAUAAUUUAGCAGACAUGUUAGGAAGGAUAGUGAGAUUAAAUCAGUUUAAUAUUUGGCAACGUCUGAAGUUAUACAUUUGUGUUAUUUUUAAAAGGUUAUUAAAAAUCAAAGGCAAUUAAACAAAUUUUUAAAAUUUCAUCGAUUCAUCAUCACCUCUAAUCUCGACAAAAAAUUCUCUAAAUAUUGACAAUAUUGGAAAUAUCGAAAAUAUCGGGAUUCGUAAACUUCAUUAUCGAAAAUACCGGUUUUAGGAAAAGGGACAAUUUUUGCGACCUCUAAUAAACAUUCCAUCUACUUAAGAUACUUGACAAAACAUGCAUUCAAGAAAAGCACAUUAUAAGAUUCCCAUUUAGUGAUAACCCCUCUCCCCAGGUACACCACCGCACACUUUUUCAUGGCCUGGACUAUAUUAAUAUUCUAAUGUCUCACCCACCCCCUUUUACACAGCCGAUUUUUUACAUAUUACUUACAUUAAGACUAUUUCUGUUAAACAAAAGAAAAUAUUGCACACUAAACGCACUUGCUGUAUUUUUAAGAAUCUUAAAUAGGUAUUUACCAGGAAUUUUAUUUUUUGUGCUAUUGAACUCACCAUUACACCAUAACUUUCUUUCAUAUGUAGAGAAUUAUAUGAAUUGAUUAGGUGCUAACAAUACCAAAUAAAUCAUAUUUUAAUAAUUUUAUGUAGCUGUAGUGUAGUCAGAGAGAAGUAACAAUAAGGAACUAGUCCAAUCAAUUUAAUUUAUAUUUGAAUUUUAAAACUAAACUUAAAAUAAGAAAAAAGAAAAAAUGUAAUUAUCCAAACAAUCCCCCCCCCCCCCCCCCACACACACACGCACACAUCCAAAUGUCUGAAAUUUGCAAGUGACCCCUGAAAUUUUGUUGGGGGUGGUGGGGGGGGGGCAUUAGAAGGGAUAGGGGUCAGUACCCGGCUCAGCCCUACUCAAGAUAGUACAUACUCAAUAGUUAGAAUGUUUUCUUUGUCUGGAAUGGAUUUGUAAAAGUAAUUUCUAUAGUCAUGAAAACAUUCAACUUGUUUCUUUAUUUGCUUCUUUUAAAAGGAAAAUGGGAAAUCUGGAGCCAAUGAAAGCAAAAGUGGAAAAAAGAAGAAAAUAAAGCGUUCCAAUUCAAGUGGCAAUAUUGCAGGCAGUUCUGCUCUCACACCACAAAACAGAAAUAUCAAUCUUACAAGUAUCGUGAAAGGCACAAUCAAGCGUAGGGUCUCCACAUGCCUACUGAAACACAAGCUGAGAAAAUUACAGGUAUACAAUUUUAAACAUAUUAUGUGUGGGUUAUUUUCAAAUUCAGGUAAAACUUGUUAGCCUGUCUCAAGAAACACCUGCUUUUUCUUUGAUGAUUCAUUUGGGCUUGUAGACUCAAUAUUAUCUCUGUGACUGUAUUCUGCCUGACCUCGUAACAAGCAGCUUUAUUCAAUAAUGAACUAAAAACGCUCAAGUUAAAAAGAAUGGGGAAUCAAAACCACAAUAGAGAGAAAAGUGAGCUUACAAACUGGAGCUAAACUCAAUGAAAAAUAUUGUGUUUGCUUUGGCCAGGCUACUAUAUUUUAUUAGAAUAUACAAAACAAAUAGCUGAUUUUUAUGGAGUAUUUUAUUAUGAAAUAUAAUAAUUUAUAGCAGGAACUUUUUUAGGACUGUAAAUUAAUUUGUCUCAAAACAAUUUACAUAUUACAGUAAUUACAUGUAAUAAACUUUCCCAAUAGCCUAAAGCCAUCAAUGAGAAUUGUUCAAGCGUAACUUUUUUUCUUCAUUGAUUUCCAGGAUUACUCACUACCUUAUCAACAUGACAACUUUGCGUUGCUACGAGAAACAUGCAAUGUGUCUCAACAAUCAUCCAGUCCCUCAAGGAGCCAGAAGGCAACUCCUCCACCCAAGCCACCUCGUCAAAACCCACCAAAAAAAUCCAAGUUAACGGCAGCCAAGUUUCA